AUGACAUCGCCAGAUGAGCGGAGUUUCUGGGAGCGGCACGAGUUUAAGUUCUACCAGUACGGCCAUGUGUACGCCCUGAUCUAUGGCCAGGUGGUGAUCGACUAUGUGCCCCAGAGGGCGUUGAGGCGUGGCAUUAAGGUCCUUCUCAUUCUGUAUGGCCACCUGUUCAGUUUGCUGUUGAUUGUGGUACUGCCCGCCUACUUUUGCUAUCACUUUGGCACCCUAACCGAUACUUUGGACCGGCGUUUGCAACUGCUCUUCUAUGUGGGUUUCGCCAAUACGGCCAUUAAGUAUGCCACCGUGAUUGUGACCUAUGUGGCCAAUACCGUGCACUUUGAGGCCAUCAACCAGAAGUGCACCCUGCAGAGGAUGCAUCUGGAGCGAGAGUUCAAGAAUGCGCCGCAGGAACCGAAGAAACCCUUCGAGUUUCUCAUGUACUUCAAGUUCUGCCUUAUCAAUCUGAUGAUGAUGAUCCAGGUGUGCGGCAUUUUUGCCCAAUACGGCGAGAAGGGUUCGGCUAGCCAGGUGCGAGUCCACUUCGUCGUCUACGCCUUUGUGCUGUGGAACUACACGGAGAACAUGGCGGACUAUUGCUACUGGAUCAACGCCUCGGUGCUGAAGUACUACAGACAGUUCAACCUCCAGUUGGAUUCGCUGCGCGAGGAGAUUGAUGGGUUGAGGCCCGGCCGGGGAAUGCUCCUGCAUCGCUGCUGUGAGCUUAGCGAUCGGCUGGAGGUGCUGCGUCGAAGGUGCCGCGAAAUCCACGACCUGCAGAGGGAGAGCUUUCGCAUGCAUCAGUUCCAGCUGAUCGGCCUCAUGCUGAGCACCCUCAUCAACAACCUGACCAAUUUCUACACCCUGUUCCACAUGCUGGCCAAGCAGUCGCUGGAGGAGGUCAGUUACCCGGUGGUCGUGGGAUCCGUCUACGCCACCGGCUUCUACAUAGACACCUACAUCGUGACCCUGGUCAACGAGCACAUCAAGCUGGAGCUGGAGAACGUGGCCCUAACCAUGCGGCGGUUCGCCGAGCCACCGGCCAGGGACGAGCGACUCACCAGGGAGAUAGAACACCUUUCGCUGGAGCUACUCAACUAUCAGCCACCCAUGCUCUGUGGACUUUUGCACCUCGAUCGCCGAUUGGUCUACCUCAUCGCUGUUACCGCAUUUUCAUACUUCAUAACUCUGGUGCAGUUCGAUCUCCUUCUGCGCAGGAAGUCCUAGGCCAGGAAAUGGUCUCCAAAGAGCUGAAAUCCCAA